AUGGCGCUGGUGCGUUGCGUCAAUAACCGAAUCGCGCUGAUUUCAAAGGAGUGCAUAACUAUCUACGAAAUUAGUGACAAAGCUCCAUCGACUCAUAGGCUUGAAAUACCGCAGGAAUCGCUUAUUGUGAACCAAGAGGAGGCAAAAAAACAAACCGGUGAAGCAGAUGAAUUGGGGUUCAGCUGCGCCAAUUUCUCGCCGUGUUCCUCCCAGUUCCUGGCCAUCACUCGUAACAAGGAUCUCCUGGUGUGGAAGCGAAAUGACUCGGGUAUCUGGGAGCUCUUUCUGCGGAGGAAGCUGGCACGCAAGUGCGUCCAGGUGCAGGAGGUGGGCGAGCGGGUUCUCGUAGCAGACAGGUCAGGCGACGUCUACGGACUCCACUUGAUGGAACCGGGGGAGGAACUCCUCCUGGGGCGGCUUUCCAUGGCCCUCGACCUGGUGGUGAGCAGUGAUGAGAAGUACCUCAUCGUCUGCGACCGUGACGAGAAGAUACAGGUGUCCCACUUCCCAAAUUGUUACAGCAUCGCGGCCUUCUGCCUCGGACACACACAGUUUGUCAGCUCAAUGACCCUCAUUCCGGACCAUCCGGACCAGCUGCUAUCUGGAUCAGGCGAUGGCAGCGUGAGGCUGUGGCGUUACGUGGAUGGAACAUGUCUGGCAUGUGUGGCCCUGACACCGCUGCUGGAGCAAAAAGAUCCACCUGCAGUGCUCAAGCUGUGCUGUCACGGUACUACGGUGGCCUGCCUUCUGGAAAAGGUUUCGCAGGUAUUAGUCCUCAAAGUAGAAGCGAAAGCUGUUUCUCUGGUGCAGAAAGUGAGCGUUGGGAGCAGCCCGUGGGACGCCACUUGGGACGAAAGAGGUCGCCUGUGGUUGGUGACACCCCACCACUCGUCCCAACCCGUGCAGGUGUUCGAGCCCACAGCUCGAGGAUUGUGUCCCUGGGAUGGAGGAGAAAUCCUCCUCCAGAUGGCAGAGGCGUGCAUGUCACUACGAGAGUGCCAGCCCCAGGACAGAAGUCACCUCUACAAGCAGUGGUUUGACAACGUAGAGGGUUACAUGAAGAAGAAACGGGAGCGCGAAGAAGGCCGUGCGGCACGCAAGAGGGCCCGGCUUGACUGAGGUGGCUGUUCACUGUCCCUUGAAGAAUGCCUUGCAGCAACGCACGCACUGCUGGUACACCUGCUCGAAACCAUCGCUGCCACGGUCCUGCACAAUGUUCAUUCAACUUCAUAAAGAGACUCUCAAUGGA